AUGGUGGAGAAGCUGAAGGAACUGCUCUCGGAAAACGAGGCCGAACUCGAGAAAGAGCAGAUCGCCAACAUGCACCUCCUGGACAAAGUAUACCGCCUUCAGAAGAAGCUCAAAGAAGUUUCACCGGAGGGAUCCAUCUCCCCGACCUCCUCCCCGGCUCCCGAGGAGGCCUGUCAGCGCCAGAAAAUGCAAGAGCUCCACCACGUCUGCUCCUCCUACCGCCAGCACUUGACCAACCUGGUCCGAUCCUUUGAGGAGCUUCUGCAAACCAGUGACAUUGAUUAUUACGUUGCUGAGGGCUUCCGGGAACAGCUCAACCAAAGCGCCCAGCUGUUUGAGAGGCUGGAACAGCAGUGUCUCUAUGGAGAGUCAAUAGAGGAUGAAAUGACUCAACUUGGUGACCUGGCGCAAAGAUUGUCUGACUUGGAGAUGUCACAAAAACCAUCUUGUCUAGAACCGUCCAGGCACAAAGACGAAGAAGCAACAGCAGCUCAAGUUGAGGAGGAAAAUGUGACUGUUGCACCCAGCCCAUUUCACUCAAAGCUCUUAAUGGAGCAUCUCCAAGAAAUCCGAAUGCUGAGGCACCAGCUCGAGGAGUCCAUUGAAACCAACGAGCGUUUGAGGAAACAGCUCGAACAACAGAGGUCAAGCUGUGCACCAGACCAAGGUUCGGCAAGCGUUUGUAACCGCGGCGCGGAGCAACAUCACUCCCUGACUUCUGAAAUUCAUUUCCUGAGAGAGCAAAAUCAGGUCCUGAACGCAAUGCUGGCACAAGGAUCUCGAGACAAACAAAAGGAGAAUGAAAAGUUGCGUGAAUCUCUCUCCAAGAAGCACCUGGUCUUGGAGCAGCUCCGAGCGGACUGUGAGCGGCUCAAGAAGGAGAACGAGACGCUCCAGAAGGAAGUCGGGAAACGGGAGGAAGAAAACGGACGCCUGACGGACGAGGUUUACAGCGUCCGGAACGAACUGAACAGGUUGCAGAUGGAGCUGAAUGCCAGCAAGUGCCAGCUCUUGGAGAACGACGACUUGCUGCAUUCUCUGCGGCUGGAGCUCAGGGUCUACGAGAAGUUGGAAGACGCAACCAGAAGCCAAGCAGAUCACCGACGCGACGCAGCCGACGAAUGCCGGAAAGAGCAAAACCAGCCGCUCGACUUGCACGAACUCUUGGCGGAAAUACAGAAUUUGAGAGCGCAGCUUGAGAUGAGCAUCAAGGCGAACAAGACAUUGCACGAGAAACUUCACGAGCGGUCUUUGAGCGGAAAGAGAGGAGUCGGCAGCUCGAGGUCGGCUGUGAAUAUCGGCUCCCUUUUCCAGCAGGAAUCGCAGCAUUACAUGGCGAUAAACGAUUUGAAAUUCCCCAAUGCAGACAGCAAUGUCUUGGAAUUGCAACAGAGGUACGGCGAUUCGAAAGCACCGUUCAAAUCAGAUCCGGAGCUGGCCCUGGACGGUUUGGGCGGCUCCUCCGGCUGCUCCUCCUCCUCCAGCAUGUCCCGCGACCCCUCCCCGUCCUCCCGCCAUUGCGUCUGGGCAGACAGAAAUGGGCGCCACGUCCUGGGCCGCUUGGAAGAUCACAACGCGUUGCGGAGGCAGAUCUCGGAAGGGCAGAAGCUGUUGCUGGAGCUGGAGCUCCCCCUGAAAGAAGACCCUGUGCUGCAGGAGCCGGGAGUGACGGCCACGUCUCUGGGCCGGAUGUCGGCCGCCCUGGGUGCCGUCCGGCACAACUUGGAGGAAGCCGCCUGCCUCAUGAAGCUUUACUGGAGAGUCUCCUUGCCCAUGAAGGUGGUCCACAGUGCCGCUUACUCACUCCAGGAUGAAGCCAUGCGAACCGAGUUGCACAAACUCCGUCGGAAGCUGGCCGAGCAGGAAAAGAAGCUGCACAGCACCGUCAAGCGCUUGCACUCCACCAACCAACUGAAAGAAAACAUGGAGAGAGUGAUCAUCGAUCAGUUGGCUUUGACUCACGACGUCUUAAAGAAGGCUCGAGGAAAUUUGGAAGUCCAGCCGACCGAAACCAAGCCGCCUGCCUUCAGCCUCAGCUAGACCAGGAUCCUGUGAUGACCACGUCUCCC